AUGAGGAAAUUAGGACAAGAAGGUUUGGAUAAUCUUUUAUGGUACAAUUUGAAUAAAUGGUGCAAGAAGUAUUUUGAAACAUAUAGCAAAUGUGAUGUGUUGGACAACAAUAUGGCAGAAAGCUUUAAUGCUUGGAUUGUGUCUGCAAGGUAUAAAACCAUCAUUACAAUGCUUGAGGAGAUAAGGGUGAAGAUGAUGAAAAGAAUUGGUGAUUUGAGAGAGUUCUCAAACACUUGGAUCACUGAUAUAUCUCAUAUGUCUUUGAAGAUUUUGCAAGAAAACAUUCAAAAGUCUAUGCAAUGUAACUUGACUUGGAAUGGAGAAAGAGGUUUUGAGAUUAAACACCAUGAAUUUACACACACUGUGGACAUUGUUAAUAGGAGGUGUAGUUGCAGAUCCUGGCAGCUCAGGGGAAAUCCUUGUCCUCAUGGUGUUGCUGCCCUUCAUUACAAAAACUUGAAACCAACCCAUUAUGUGGCUAACACCAAAGACCAGAAAGUUGCUGUAAGACCAGGUAAGGUUAGAAGAAAGGAAGCAGAUGAAAGUAGAAAAACUGGAAAGUUGAGCAAAAGAGGUGCUGUAAUGACUUGUAGCAAUUGUGGCACAGAAGGACACAAUAAAAGAGGAUGUCCUACAAGAAACCAAUCUGGUCCAAGUCAAUCAACUGAACCAUGUUCUCAGUCAAGAAGUACUGGUCCAAGUUAG